AUGGCAGUCGAAUGUGGCGGCGAAUCCUUUCGACAAUUCCAGCCUGUGGAGCGCUUCCUCUCCCCUCCCAUUGAAUCCAGAGCUGCAAAUACAAAGCUUGAACGAUCUGGAUCUGUCCCUGGCUCCGAACGAUCUGCGAGGUCCAGCCUGUCUAGAAUCACACACGUUGAGGAGAAUGCUCAGAUCGCCCCUUAUCCAGAGUUCGAAGAUUCUUCUACCAUCACACCGUCAAAUUAUACUUUUUUAGAUCAUCUAGGGGCAAUUUUCCGAAUCAUCUUCUGUGUUCCAGUUCCGAAGAAAAUGGAAAAGAGCUCUGCGGGGCCCGUCAAGCGGGUGUCGUUCGAUAUGGAGAGCUCUCCGUGGGUACUCCCAGUACAUGUUGUAUCGACACGUAGAGAUACAGACAAGCAUCCAGUGAUCAAGCGCGCGAAGUGCACCAUCGAUACCGGUAACAUGCAGGGCAACAUUGUAUCGAGGGAAUUCGUUGAGAAAGUUCUACAGUAUUCGGAAGCGAACUUUGUCUCUUUGACCGCGGCAGAAAAGGAAGGUGGCUUCGGAGUGACAGGGCAUAAACUUGUACCAGAAGGAGCCAUCUACUUAACCUGGUAUUUCGAUAAAACUAAAACAAUUGCAGAUGAAGAAGAAGAGCGCCUUAAAAGUAUAUAUCUCAAGCGGAAGGAGGAAUAUGACGAGAAGCUUCUCGAGCUGUUGAACGACGACAAGGACACAACGAACAACAAAGAGUUGAAGGACUGCGCAGAUGCACGCGAUGUCGCCGAGAAAAACCAUCUCAUCCGCAAGGCAGAGCUGGGUAAUGACCCUAAAUUAGUAGCUCAACUAGAGGAAAACCUUAAGAACCUACCAGGCUCUAAGACUUAUCUAAUCCCUUCCAAGUCAGAUACGACUUCAUCGGGUACGGCACAGCAAAACGGAUCGGUUCCCACUCAACGCACAGUCAAGAAGGCAGUUGAGCAGCCUUCACCUGAAAAAUGA